UACUUCCUGUUUUGAUAUUUUUUUGGGGUGUUGUUUCGUUUCGCUAUCGUAGCUAGGAGAGAGACAAGCCAGAUAGCCAGCUACAAUGAAACGCCAUCACUUUACUAACAGGUAGGCUGUUAAAAACAAGACUCACACAACUAUCGACAUAGCUACUGUUGUGCUUUGGAGGUUCUCAACUGUUGUUGUGGGAUAUGGCACUGAGCUCCGGCGGUUGGGGUAAAACGCCUGUGCCUGCCGCGUCCCAGGCUGUACAUGGCGGGCCCGCGCUGGCUAACUGCAACACCGUUUUGAUGUCGGUACGGGUGUCGGUUUGCCAUUCGGGUAUUCGACCGCUUUGCCUCCCUGGAGCUGGCGAUGAGGCUCUCCGUCUUCAACUUAGCAUGGACCCCAGCAAGGCUGGAGAGUUUCGGCUAGCACUGAGGGACAAUAGCGGAAGCGGCCGUAGUGUGUUCAUUGCAGAGUUUGACCUGCGCUCUGUGCAGUAUGAGGUCAAGUCCCCACGCCUUCACGAGAUGCGCUUGGCCACGCCCCCUCACGACUGUGUCCGCUUCAACUUCCACUGCGACCGGGAGGCUGAACAGUGGGCCACCGUCGUGAUGUCAUCACUAAGAGAGGCACACAGAGUUGCUGCAAAUAGUUCCCCACAUCCUAUGGAUGACCGACAGCAGCACACAGCAGCAGAAGCUCUAGAACAGCGCAGCACUGCCUCCUUACCACUCACUGAGGAGCUGUGCUUGGAGCUUGCCCGGGCGAUCGAGGCAGGUGACAGCCAGGCUGCUGCUCAACAUGCGUCUGCUCUGGCUCGUCAGAAGGCAGUGCUCACUAUCCAACUGUCUGAGAAGAGUUACACAGAAGGAGAGAUAAGUUUGUCUGUGGCAGUGGAGGACAUCUCCUCUUCCUGUUGCGUAACAGUGAAAGUAUUUCCCCACAUGACCGUCGCAGCACUCAAGCAGCAGGUGUUUUUGGAGUAUGGCUUUCACCCUCGCGUGCAGCGCUGGGUGAUUGGACAAUGCCUGUGCACAGAGCCUAGGUCCCUGGCCUCAUAUGGGAUCCAGAGGGAUGGGGAUACGGCCUACCUCUACCUGGUCUCAGCUCGCCAUGCCCGCCUCACCCGCCAGCUAUUCCAGCAGGACCAGGAGGGUGCCCACCACACCCCUCCCCCACCCCCCAGCAAUGGGCCUGUGUCCCAGGACUGGAGGGGCUACAGCACCCUGCCCUCCAGGCUCAGCCACAACACCCAGGGGAGCAUUGGAACUGGGGCCGAGAGGUUGGGUAUGAGCGAGAUCCGAGACGCCCUCAACCUGGAGACGCUGCAGCUAAACGAUAAACCUGAUAAGCCCAGCAAAGCCAGUAAAACACAGACAGAAUGGGCGUGUCCCUCCUGCACCUUCAUCAACAAGCCUACCCGACCAGGCUGUGAGAUCUGCAGUACAGCCAGACCUGACUCACGCAAGCAAAGCAGCAUACAACAGGAGAAAGGAAGAAGAGAGGAGCAGGGGGAGAUCGGUGCAUUGAGCAGUUGACUGCCUCAACCGUAACCUAUACCAGAGCCUGGAAGACUGAUCACUCACACACCAACUUACAGGUAUAAACCCACCACCACUACUGGCAUAUUAUGAUGACAAACCUUCUCACAGCCUGACAGAGACUAGAGUUAUAUGGACGCUGUUUUGACGCUGCAGCACAGACAUGGAACUCCACUUGCAGAGGCUCACAAAAGGAACUACCUGUAUAGUCAAUGAGAGCUGGCUUUUGACUCUCCUCUGUGGACAUGAGUCAGCAACCUUUGCCUUGUGGCAGACUUAUUAUUAUUUAUUUUACAUAGGGGAUGGGGGAGUGGACUAGUCCAAUAUUUAUU